AUGCAGGUUACAGGGAGGGAUGCCGGGUCCCGUGAGUGCAGGGCUCAAGUUACCCCGGUUACAAGCUGUCCAGCUCGUCAGCUGUCAGAGUGCCAUUACUCUAGGUGCGAGAGGGUCCCACGGAUCAGGGGUCCCGCCGAGUCUGGUCCUGGGUCGCGGCGGCCGGGCCCGAGGCACUGCCGGGGAGCGGCGCUUGCGUCCCUCUGCGUCGCGUCCGGCCGCCGUCCGGGCCGGCCCCCUCCUAAUCCGGGCGCCAAGUUUCGGUUUCUCCGCGGGUUCCGGGUCCAUCCCAGUGACAGUGCCGACCCUGCUCUCCGGCCGCGCGCAGCAGGUGGGCGCGGCGGGGCCCGAGCGCUUUCCCCGGGCCCCAGCGACGUUCCCGGGGGCCCUACAUCUGGUUGGACUCCCCGCGGGGAAGUGCUGGACUCACUCUUUGAACCCAAGAGCACCCAACUCUGGGAGGGGGCGCGCCCGGGGCUGAUAGCGGACGGAAACCGCCAGACCGGGGGGCCUCUGCCUGGACCCUGA